UCUCUCUCUUCAUUCAUGAAGUGAAACUAUUUUUGUGGCCGACUCAACUCAUCUGCUCAGGAUGGAGGCGGUGGCUCUUUUCUCUUUCGCAGCUUCAGAAGCAGACGAGAUCAGUUUUCAGAAAGGGGACGUUAUCAAGGUGACAGAAAUGGAGGAUGAUUCUAGCUGGGUCACAGCAGAGAUCCAGGGGAAGCGUGGCUACGUGCCAGAGAACUACAUUUCCCUCCUUCCUUAUCCGUGGUUUGCAGGACGGGUGUCAAGACUUGAGGCCGAAAAGCACCUUCGCUGGCAAGACACUGGAGUGUUCCUGGUGAGGGAGAGUGAAUCUGCUCCUGGAGAGUUUUCUGUCUCCGUUAGCUAUGGUGAGAGGGUGGAACAUUUCCGGGUGCUGGAGGGCGGCGGUCAGUACUGCAUCUGGGACGAGUCGUUUUGCUCCCUCAACCGAUUGGUGGAUUUCUACAGAACUCACAGCAUCGCUGUGGAGAAAGUGGUCUUCCUGAGAGACGCUUCUGCAUCCCCUCACCUGCUGUCCCACCCUGGAAGUAACCCAUACCCCAACCCUUAUAAAAGCAGCUCCCAGGAUUCCCUCCUCUCAGCCCACCUCUACCCUCACCCAGAGAGGGAGUCCUCCCAGCGUCUGCACGAACCAGUUGUGGGGAAACCCCGUCUGGCUCACGCCCUCUGCGACUACACCCCCCCUCACACCGCCCACCUCCACUUCCUGCGUGGUGACAUCAUCGACCUGUUGGACUGCUCCAGUUCAUUGACCUGGAGGGGGCGCUGUCGAGGCCGAGUAGGGAUCUUUCCGCCAGAAUACGUCCAGCCGCUGUACCACUGACACCAUAUCCAACUGCACUGCUGACACUUACUUGUCAGGCUGUAGUGACUUACCUUUCUUAUCCAAUGAUCCAACUAGUGAUGAAACAAUUAGUCCAAUAAUCGAUUAGUCCAUCAACAGAAUGUUUACAUGUCUUGGUCAGUUCUGCUGUAUGUGAAGUCAGUGACGUGCGGUGAGGUUCAUGGCUGGGGAGGCUUGAUUAAUUUUAAUACAGA